AAAGCAAAUCCAGACUGUUGUAGGCCUGUGAGGCUGUUUCUGACUAUUUACAGAAUAUACGUAGAUUUAUAAUAAAGUACAUUAGCUUCCAGUGCAAAACCAGUGUAAAGUGCAGCAAGCGUGUAUUUACUCCUCUCUUUUUGCGUCAGUCCUGCAGGCAGCGGCACACCUGCGCCUCAUUAAUCUCCAGCCUGCAUCUGGCUGCAGGGCUCCUCCGGCAGAUGAGACCCUGGACUCGGUCCAUGUGGAGACACGGUAUAACUCAGAGCCAUGUUUCUGCACCGCUGAUGACUGACUAUUCCAGGGAGGAAAAAGUCCCUCACAGAAAAAAGCCGCGCUUCCCUGGAGGAUGUAUGAAUAGUAGCGCUGCAUGGAUACAUGUCUGCCGAGCCCUUUUCUCCUUCCUCACCUCUGAAAUCCCACCCGGCGAGUGCGGCGCCUCUUCCCCAGCCGAUGGUUGCGCUAAAAACGGAAAUUGCGCUCCUUGACCAAGGUACUCAGAUGACCCUCUAACUUUGGUGGCCGCAAUGCUUGGCUUACAAGGAAACACCUCGUCUUCCAAAGUGUAUCGCUGUGUGGCGUGCUCUGCCACCUUCACUGGUCUGGCCUCCUUGCUAGUCCAUCAAGCAACCCAUGCCAGUGCACUCGCUAAGAUCCCCGUCCUUCCUCCAAAAGAGCCGAGCAUCACACCGCAUGAAACAGCUUUUACAAACAAGGAUUUAUCCAGCCAGCACACCAGUCCAUCAGCACUCAUGCCUGAGAGCCCUGCAGGAUCUUUUUAUAUUUGUGAUUGUGGAGAGGAGUUCCAGGAUUUCAACCUCAUGCUGGAGCAUAAGCAUUCACAUGUCACCACCUCACAACUGCUGCAGCCCCUGGAUAGUAAUCCUCUUCACUCUGGUGGAGUGGAGCCUAACCAAGUUGGUCCUGCUGAGCACGAGUCAUUAAAGCCACCUGAUGGCCAACCAGUUUUGGUCCUUGGUUACCCCUCUACCUCCACGUCCUCAGCUGUUGACGUACGUUCUUUAACAGAUCACAUAGUGGAUGUAAGCCUGAAGGAAAGUGCUGCUCAAAGUGAGUCCAGCUCUCCUCAAGGUCCAUGUGAGAACAUACUAGCUACACAAGAUCAGUUACCAGGGGCCACACAGGACAGGGCGCCCAAGGACAAAACAAAUUCUGUCCUCAGUGAUGCACCUUCACAAGGGGGGAGUUUAACCAAAAAUAAUGCAAUAAUGAAGCUGCUGGCAACUGCCUACAUGAAACGCUUUCAACCCUCUCCAUCUCAAAAGCAGGACAAGAAAAUAAUUAUCCCCAAACCUGAGGACAUCCCAGUUGAUAUAACACCAGGAACAAAACUGGAGGUGUCACCUCACAUCAAUCCCUCUGUUGGACAGUUAAGGCGACUCCUCACCAAACCUGGUAUAAAGACAAAAGCGCCAGCCAUCGCCAGAAUUCUUGAUUCCAGUAAGAAGAAAAUUGUCUCUCUAACUAAGACCCUCUCCCCUGUUGUUCUUCUUGAAACCCGUCAAAAGCUUAUUGAUUCUAGUAGUAAUGGCACAUAUGGUAGAUAUCAGUGUGGUCGCUGCCGUAAGGUCUUUCAGAACUUGGACAAUUUGACAGAUCAUCAUUUCUUGCACAGGAAAGAGAGAAUUAAAUGCUGCCGUCAUUGCAAACAGCUGAUCAUUGGGAAACUGCCUUUUCCCGACAAUCAUGUAUGCCCCCAGUCAGAAGGCAAUACCACACAGCAGCCCAGCACUUUUAGAAAGUUCCCCUUUGUCACAAAAAUAGGAUCAUUCCAUAGUUUGAACAAUACUAAAAAACGCUUCUUUUGUCCAUUGUGCAAGCACACCUACGCACGAAGGUACAACCUCAAAAUGCAUAAGUGCCAGGGCCCAGGGUCAGCCAUUGCUCGCAAUGCUGCCUCCUGCAUUCAGAAAACGCUAAUCCUGAGAUCAAACAGUAAAGCCAGUGCGAACACAGAGGUUACAGAUAGCUCUCAGAUUUCCAAGAGUAUUGCUGUGGGCACUGAAGCAGCUUGUCACAUCAAGGUAGAGGCAACUUCUGCAAAUUCAGGACAAUCCAGGUUUUCAGAAUUGGCCUGGUCUGGUUCAGCUAAAAGCUUCCCACAGUUCUACCCUAAAACAUCUGUGUCUGAGCAGCACAAGGAUGCCUCUCCGAGCAGCACUUCACUACAGCAGCAAGAAGACAGCAGCUGGGGUACAGCUGCAGUUUGUAAUGAAGAGUCUGAUGAAGGGCAGUGGACAAUGCCCUUGGAUGAUGAAAUGGAAAUGCUGAGCUCUGCAGGUGAUAGUGAUGAUGAUACAGAGACUAAGAAACCCGGUUCAGUAGAGCAAGGAAAGACGGGCCUCCCUAGCUUGUCCUUCUUCAUCAGAGAUGGUGUAAAACGUUACCCUUGCAACAGAUGUCAAAAGACCUAUAGCCGUCCGUCUACGUUAAGGCGUCAUCUGAGGCUGUGUGGAUUCAGGCCACAUGGUUUUGGGGCAGCAUCAUCGCCACCACAGAGAGGUAGUGAGAGAUCCUUAUCUUUAAAUGCCAAUAAAAUUAGACCCAUGUUUGACUGUUUUGUCUGCGGAAAAAGCUUCAACCGCAAAGAUAACAUGUUGGCUCACCGCAAGAAGUGCCAGUUAAAGCGAACCAUGACAGACAUGGAGGGGGUGGCUUUGCAGCAAAGCUUUUCAGGCACCGCAUCAUCGGAGAAUCAGACCCAGCAGGAUGAUGGAGGAAACUGGGGUAUCAUGUCACUGCCGUCUGUACUCCCAAGGAGGGUGACGUGUGAGUGCGGGGCGGGGUUUACAUCCCCAAGGCUUCUCCUGGAGCAUCUGCAGAAGCAUGCGCAGGAGUCUUACACGUGUCCCACAUGUGGAGAGACAGUUAGCUCCUGGGCAGACUACGAAGUUCAUUUGCAGAUUCACAUGCAUCCUCAUCACCAGCUAUAUAAGGGACUGCAGCCACAACGGUCCCAACCUCUGCUGCUUCGUUUUCAGCAGCAGCCAUCUCAACAGCAGACACCUCCAUCGGUGCAUCCGCCUCCACUGAAGCAGCCCAGUACUGUGCAACUUCCACAUCUGAGUAAAAAACAGCGGAUUGCGUGCACCCGAUGCAACAACACCUUCUCCAGCCGCUGCUCCCUCCGACGGCACAUAUCCUUGAAUCGAUGCAAAGGUGGGAGGGUUACAAACCCGCCUAAAACAAAUCACUGUUCCCGCUGCAACACCGACUUCCCAAACACAAUCAGUCUGAUAUUUCACCAGAGGAGUGGGAUCUGCAAGCCUGCCAUCAAGCCUGUACGCUGCCCUGUGUGUGUGCGCUGGUUUGGCACUGUGGAUAGUCUGCAGAAACACCUGCUCACACACAACCAGUCCCAGUCGUAUCGCUGCGAUGUGUGUCAGGGCACGUACUCGACCCUCAAGUCACUGAAAAACCACCGCAGGAGGAUUCACCGCAUCAUGGCAGGAGGCAUCAUGCCAAAAACAAAACAAGAACAGUUAAACUCUUAAUGACAAAUUCAGUUUUUUCUGAAAGUUGUCUGUAAAUGUCAUAGGAAUGAGUGGUGCUUUUGAGAAGAGCACAUUUUUUAUGAUCACUUAUUCUUAACCUGUUUUGCCAGUUGUAUUGUUUUAUUUUGAAUUGUCCAUGGAUAAUUUUUGACAUUGUACAGUCACAUACGUGUUUUCUUUGUGCAAAAGUGACCCUUUGAAUAUUUUAAGUCAGCUUGCCACUGUACAAAAAAAAAAAAAAGCUUUGUUUAAAACUUUGUUUUACCAGUUAUUUCAUGCUAGCGAGUUAGCCUGUAAAUACUAAGUAUUUGGUAAUGAUAGUACAAGCCACCUUUAUCACAGAGCUAGUGAUGUAGCUUAUUUUUUCUUGUCCAUGCUGUUAAUAAACAUACCAAUAUAUGCA